UGGUCGAGUUACUGUUGUUCCAAGUUGCUUCUACUUUGUUAUAAUACCAAUACCAGGUGGAAUAUUUAGUAGCAAGGAAAUUUCAUGGAUGGACUUAUUGCAGAGGUAGCAACCUAUCACGGUACCACGCUUUAUUUCACUGAGCUCCUGAGAGCGACCCAUUCUUUAACAAAUGUUUGUAGAAGCAUUCUGUAUGCCUACAGUAUCUUACAGAAGCCUGUGGCCAUGGAAGUAACUGAAACACCUGAAUCCAAUGAUUUGGAGGGG